CUCGCGCCCUCCCUGCUGCAUUAAAACAGCGGACAUUGUUCCUUCGCUCACUUCAGCCGCUGCGACUGUCUCUUGCCACCAACCUUGUUCUAGCUCUCUAAAUAGACCGACAUCUCGGGUCUCUGAGCACUUCUCUCUAUUCGAUCCUUGCUUUUCCUCUUUCCUGGAAAACUGUUCCAACGGCUUUGUUCUGGUUAGGACAACCAGCGUUCUACCUCUAUUUCCGAGUACCAGCAAAACUUCGGGGUUUCGAUUCUUCUGAAUUCUCUGUAACAGAGCAGUUCAAAUUGGCCUUGUGAUUGAUUCUGCUUGUCAACGUUUGGUUCCGCAGAGACUGAUCCUGUUGAGUUUGUCCUCCAACGGCUGUAACAAGGUUCAGUAUGUCGAAGACGUGCUCUACCAUCUCCGCUCUCAGGACCUCUUGCAUCUCAUCGGUCAAAGGAAAGACUCAUGCUUUCUCUUCAACGGCAAAAGAGUCUGUCCUCAGGUCCGUGCACACUGGGAGGAAGAACCCACUCAACUCGCAUCACUACACGGACGGCCGAGUCAGAAACAGAGCCGUGUCACAUGGGUCUGACUUCAUCACCGGAGGCAAGCACGCUCAGCAAUCCUCCUUUCACAAUAUGAAGAGACUCGAUGUGAACUUGAUCAACAAUGGAGCCUCCAAGAGUCACGACUCCCUUGGUAGUCCUGGCAAGCCCAAAGCGAUUCACGAACAAUCCGUUCCUCAGCACGCUAACAAGGCUUCCAAGCCAUGGAAUGCUACUUUUCUUGAGUUUAUCUCUUCUCUCGAAGAAGGCAGAGCUGCUCGACCUGACAACUCAAACUUCUAGCUUCUCUCUCUAGGUGCCGUGCGUGUUUAGAGCAAGACUGUACUUCUGUGUUGUAUUCUGUGCUGUAUAUAAACAAAGAAGCGAUUGAA